AAACGUGCCAUGGCCGCCCGCAAAAAGGGGCCGCGGGCGGGCGGGAGCGCAGUGCGAGCGGAGCGGGCACCGGGCACGGCGUCGCCACGGAUCUUACCCCUUCUCCGCACCGGCACCUCCCUCGCGGCCGCCGCAGACCAUGCCCUCUCUAUGACGGUGGCUUGCUGAGCCCACCCUGCAUGCCAGAAGAGCGUCCUUGGUUGAUCCGAGGGCUUCUGGGGACUCCGGCCUCCGCCCGGUUUUUCCGCGUGUGUGUGUUCCUGUAGAACUUUCAAAACUGUUUCUCCAAAGGGUUUUGCAGAAACUCAGACUGUUUUCUAAAGCAGAAGCACCUCAGUCCCCGGCAGUAGUGAUGGGCAGCGUGCGAACCAACCGCUACAGCAUCGUGUCUUCGGAGGAGGACGGCAUGAAGCUGUCCACCAUGGCCGUGGCCAACGGCUUCGGCAACGGCAAGGGCAAGGUCCACACCCGGCAGCAGUGCCGGAGCCGCUUCGUCAAGAAGGACGGGCACUGCAACGUGCAGUUCAUCAACGUGGGCGAGAAGGGGCAGCGCUACCUGGCCGACAUCUUCACCACGUGCGUGGACAUCCGCUGGAGGUGGAUGCUGGUGAUCUUCUGCCUGACUUUCAUCCUCUCCUGGCUUUUUUUUGGCUGUGUGUUUUGGUUGAUUGCGCUGUUGCACGGGGAUCUGGAGAACCAAGAGAACAGCAAGCCUUGCGUGUCUCAGGUGAGCAGCUUCACCGCAGCCUUCCUGUUCUCCAUCGAGACCCAGACCACGAUCGGCUACGGCUUCAGGUGCGUCACGGAUGAGUGUCCCAUCGCCGUGUUCAUGGUGGUUUUCCAGUCCAUCGUGGGCUGCAUCAUCGAUGCCUUCAUCAUUGGCGCCGUCAUGGCAAAGAUGGCUAAGCCAAAAAAGAGGAACGAAACUCUGGUCUUCAGCCACAAUGCCGUGGUGGCCAUGAGGGACGGGAAGCUGUGCCUGAUGUGGCGCGUGGGGAACCUGAGGAAAAGCCACUUGGUGGAGGCGCACGUGCGGGCGCAGCUGCUGAAAUCCAGGAUCACGUCGGAAGGGGAGUACAUCCCCCUGGAUCAGAUCGACAUCAACGUGGGCUUCGACAGCGGCAUCGACCGCAUCUUCCUGGUGUCCCCCAUUACAAUAGUGCACGAGAUCGACGAGGACAGCCCCCUGUACGACCUGAGCAAACAGGACAUGGACAAUGCUGACUUCGAGAUCGUGGUCAUCUUGGAGGGCAUGGUGGAGGCCACCGCCAUGACCACGCAGUGCCGCAGCUCGUAUCUGGCCAACGAGAUCCUCUGGGGCCACCGCUACGAGCCCGUGCUCUUCGAAGAGAAGAACUACUACAAGGUGGACUACUCGAGGUUCCACAAAACGUACGAAGUGCCCAACACACCCAUCUGCAGUGCCAGGGACUUAGCGGAGAAGAAGUACAUCCUCUCCAACGCCAACUCCUUCUGCUAUGAGAACGAGGUGGCCCUCAGCAGCAAGGAGGAGGACGAGAUCGACACGGGGGUGCCCGAGAGCAUGAGCACGGACACCCACCCGGACAUGGAGCACCACAACCAGGCGGGGGUGCCCCUGGAGCCGCGGCCGCUGCGGCGGGAGUCGGAGAUAUGACUGGCGGGCGCUGCCUCUCCCGCGGGGCUGGAAGGACAAACGCCCACCGUGUCCGUCGGGCAAGGGCUCGUUGACCUGAGAAGCUGGCCCAGAAGAGUUUGCAGACAACGGUACUGUGGAAGAGUGCUGUGAAGGCAGCAGACCCGAGGAACCCAGGCUGGUUUUAGGGCUGUCCUCAGAGGAGGGACGACAGGAAAUGAACUCUAAACACAAAGCACUAAACAUGUCUAAGUAUGAACAGAAGGCACAUAUGUUGUAGAAUAAAUUAUGUAUAUAUUUUUUUACAAAACUUGAACUUGCAGGCAAGCUUUGGUUGGGUUAUUAUUAUUUUUUUGUUUUCAACUUUUUUCCAGAAUGCUUCUCUCUAGGGAACAAGAAUGUUUUUAAUGGCAUAACAAAGGCAAGAAUCUGCCUUAUUAUUAUUAUUAUAAUUAUUUUUUAAAAAGCUGCUGCUAACUACAUGAACACAAAUGGUUAUUUUUGUUGCAGUGUAGUUUUUAUUUUCUCUUGUGUAAUUUAAAAAGAAAAAAAAAAAAGUCAGUGUUGAACUUUUUGGGUUGAAAAGCUCAUGAUCAGUUCAGAGAGGCCAAUGUUGCCCGAAAGUUUAAACUCCUUUUGAGGCCAGUAGUUGAUAGCUAGAAUCAAUUUCUCUCUUUCCAAUUACAUAAGGGGCAUUAUGUAAUAUCAGGCCAAUCAGUAGCCUCCAGCAAAAUUAUGAUUUUUUUGGGGGGAGAAUUUAAUUCUCUGUCUAAAGGAAAGAACGAGACAAAAGAUAUGUAUGCAUAGGAAAAAGUACUAAGUUCAAACUACCUAAGUGGAUACCAAAGAAAAUGCACAGUUUUGCACAGUGGAGUUUAUUUAAAAAAAAAGAGAAAAAAAAAAGAAA